AUGCCAACCCAUGCGCCCGAUACGUCGUUUGGUCCUCACGACUCCGAGAUAACUCAAUCCAAUGUCGCGUGCCCUGCUCCAUUGACCCCACCUCCAGAGAAUGACGGGAAUGAGGCCACAAGGCGUCUAGUCGCGCAGCAGAUACUUGGCGGAGAUGUAAUCGAUCGGCGACCUGUCAGCGACAACACCGCUGCCGGCAUGGCCCAGAUGCAAGAAGAGACUAUGUAUACCACCCCGCCAAGUUUCGAAGAGAAAAUUCACGCCGAGGGCGCCAGCGAGACACCUAUGAUAGGUGGUAUCGAUGAUGACCUGGGCUUGAGCGAGCGCGUGGAGGACGAUGGCGAGCGAGAGACGGGUCGAUUUGAUGCGAUGGUUACCACACCCGUCAUGUCGCAAGGCAAUACUCGACAAGAUAUCUGUGACACGAUGGUCCCAGCGGAUGAGAUAGGGCAACAGAGCGGCCAGGGCGAGCUGGGCACAUGGUCGCCUCCGCUGAUGUCGUCUGCGAACGACCGAGCUGGGGGCUUUCCUCGAGCUGGGGACCAUUCCGGCAACCCGGGGAUCGACCAAGAACUGGAAUGGUCGAACAACGAUUUGAAGGAAUGGGACUUUUCUCAACGGCGACUUCGACCACAGUAUCCCUCGGCAACGUUCCAGCCCUAUUCCAAGUUCAAAGGCACUCAGCAGUCCGACCGGCAGGUCUACAACGUCGAAGUGACCAUUCUGACCGUGGACAUCGAACAGUGCAGCAUGUCGGGAUAUCUUCAGAUCUGUGGCUUGACCCCGGAUCAUCCAACCCUGACCACCUUCUUCACCGGCGAGAUCAUCGGCGGACCAAACCAGAAGUAUAGCUUCAGGACGCGGGAUCCCGCAUGGGGCGCGAGCGACAAGACCGACCUGACGCACUGGGCUCGGUUUCCCGCAUGGCGACCGCUCAGUCUGCACGCGAAGCGCAACAUCAACUUUGUAUACCCCAUGAACCACGAAAACUGGUGGCAGCAAGACUACAUCUUCAUGAGGUGGAAGGAGCAUUUUCUGGUCCCCGACUACAAGUUGAAGUCCAUCCAGGGAGCCAGUUUCGAAGGUUUCUACUACAUCUGCUUUAAUCAGAUCGAGGGGAGAGUGAGUGGCAUCUAUUUCCACUCCAAGAGCGAGAAGUACCAGCAGCUCGAAUUGAAGCACGAGGGACAGCCAGGGGUCUGGAGGAUGGGCGUCUGUCCGGCAGUCGAGUUCAGGUGA